AUGCAUCUAUCUCCUUCGGAGAACAAAACUUUCAACCCCAGCACCUUCCUCCUGACGGGCUUCCCAGGCCUAGAAUAUGCCCAUCGCUGGAUUUCUCUCCCCUUUUGCAUCAUCUACCUGACUGUGAUCUUGGGGAAUUCCACCAUACUCCAUGUCAUAAGGACAGAUGCAAGCUUGCACGAGCCCAUGUAUUAUUUCCUGGCCAUGUUGGCCCUGACCGACCUGAGCUUGUGCCUCACCACUUUGCCCACAGUGCUGGGCAUAUUUUGGUUCAGUUCUCGUGAAAUCACCUUCAGCGCCUGCUUCACCCAGCUCUUCUUCAUCCACUCCCUGUCUCUGGUAGAAUCAGCCGUGCUCUUGUCUAUGGCUUUUGACCGGUUCGUGGCCAUCUGUAACCCGCUGAGAUACGGCUCCAUCUUGACCACACAGAGGAUUGUGAGAAUAGGGCUGGCCUUUGUGUUCCGGAGCUUCUCUCUGAUUUGCCCUUUGCCCUUCCUCCUCCGCCGUUUCCAUUACUGCCGGACCAACGUCCUCUCCCACUCCUACUGCUUGCACCUGGAGAUUAUGAAGCUGGCCUGCUCCGAUAUCAUCAUCAACCACAUCUACGGGUUGACCGUUGUGGCCUUCACGGUAGGCACUGACUCGCUCCUGAUCCUCCUCUCGUACAUUUUCAUCCUGAAAACAGUGCUGAGCAUUGCCUCCAGAGAGGAGCGCCUCAAGGCCUUCAACACGUGCAUCUCACACGUCUGUGCUGUCCUGUUGUUCUACGUGCCCAUGAUUGGCCUGUCUUUGAUACAUCGCUUUGGGGAACGUGCCCCACACAUUAUCCACAUACUCAUGUCCUACGUCUACUUGCUGGCGCCUCCUCUAAUGAAUCCCAUUGUGUACAGCAUCAAAACGAAGCAGAUCCGGCAACGGAUACUCAAGAAACUCUGCUCUGUGAAGUUUAUCCAGUCAUAG